UUUCGCCGCCGCUUCCUCCUACGUAGGAGCCUACGCUUUCUUAGCGCCGUGUGUUUUGGUUUACAGAUGCUAGGGAGACUCGUCGGUGCUCUCACGCUAAACAAACAGCAGCACAGGCAGGUUUUUCAUUUCUUUCCCUCGAUCCUUGUGACAGCAGUCCCGCAAACAACCAGCCGAGAAGAGAGAUGGCCCAGUGCUCCGAGUCCGCUAACGUGAGCUCCGAGGUGAACGGAGAGAUGAAGAAGGAGAGGAAGGUGGCUGUUAUCACCGGCAUCACCGGACAGGAUGGUUCCUACCUGGCUGAGUUCCUGCUCGCUAAAGGCUACGAGGUUCAUGGUAUUCUGCGUCGCUCAAGCUCCUUCAACACGGGUCGCAUCGAGCAUCUUUACCAGAACCCGCAGACCCACACUGAAGGCAACAUGAAGCUGCAUUAUGGCGAUCUGACUGACAGCACGUGCCUGGUGAAGAUCAUCAACCAGGUGAAGCCGACAGAGAUCUACAACCUGGGCGCUCAGAGUCAUGUCAAGAUCUCCUUCGAGUUGGCAGAGUACACCGCUAACGUGGACGGCGUGGGCACGCUGCGUCUCUUGGAUGCUGUGAAGACAUGCGGCCUGACCAACUCCGUGAAAUUCUACCAGGCCUCCACUAGCGAGCUUUACGGCAAAGUCCAGGAGAUCCCUCAGAAGGAAACCACGCCCUUCUACCCUCGCUCACCUUACGGUGCGGCGAAGCUCUACGCCUACUGGAUCGUGGUGAACUUUCGAGAGGCCUACAACUUGUUCUCUGUCAACGGGAUCCUCUUUAACCACGAGAGCCCGAGGAGAGGUUCAAACUUUGUGACGCGUAAGAUCAGCCGUUCUGUGGCAAAGAUUCACCUCGGCCAACUGGAGAGCUUCAGCCUGGGCAACCUGGACUCCAAGAGGGACUGGGGCCACGCCAAAGACUACGUGGAGGCUAUGUGGCUGAUGCUGCAACAGGAGGAGCCAGAGGAUUUGGUCAUAGCGACGGGGGAGGUGCACAGUGUGAGGGAGUUUGUGGAGAAGGCCUUCAUGAAUGUGGGGAAGACUAUUGUGUGGGAAGGAAAGGAUGAGCAGGAGAUCGGCCGUUGCCAGGAGACAGGAGUGGUCCAUAUAAAGGUGGACCCGAAAUACUUCCGUCCUACCGAAGUGGACUACCUACAAGGCGACAGCACCAAAGCCUUUCAGAAGUUGGGUUGGAAGCCAAAGGUCACUUUUGAGGAGCUGGUGAAGGAGAUGGUGGAUGCCGACGUCGAGCUAAUGAAGAAAAACCCAAAUGCCUGAGUCCAAAUCAGUCACUAUUCCACCCAGGACGAAAACUUUUUAGCACUCCAGUGUUCUACCUACAGAGGAAGAAACAUGAUGUAUUUUACCUUAAUGACUUUUCCAAAUGAAGUAAUUGUGUCCUUUCUUCUUUGUUAAGGUGGCUUUUUAACCUUUUAUUGUUUGGGUCUUGGGUCCAUUUCUAGCAUCAUGUCAUUUUGAUUUUGUUUUGCUAUCACAUAGCAGGGAUGCCUUUUGUAUUUCCACAAUGAUCACGUCAUAAUGUAUAUAUGGCAAGGGUUAAGGUUAUUAUUUAUGUCUUUUGUUUCUUUUGAUUAUGGCUGUAUUGAUUUUCACAGUACUCUCUGCCAGGGGAUGAAAUGGCAGAAUAUAUAAAUUAAUUGAAUGAUUAAUAUUUUACCUUGGAAAAAAGCAAUCAACAGGUAUAUGUGUGUGCUCUUGACAUGUAAAUGAACAAAUGAGCCGUUUGGUAUAAUAAA